UCCGGGCAAGCCAAGCGUGGGAGGGAUUGAGAUCGCGCGGCGCGCGAGCGGAAAUGCGGUAUGGAUUGAGCUGAGCGAUCGAGAAUCUAGGCUAGGGCGCGGACGUGAUCGGGCGCUGGCGCCAUGGAUUACCUGACUGACAUGGGGUUUAGCCGUGAGCUCGCGGCGCAGGCGCUGGCGGCCACCGGGGGGAAGUCGACGUACAAGGCCACGGAGUGGAUUCUCAACCAGAGGAAGUCGGAUGGGAUCGUCGGCGCUGGGAAUGCCGGUGUUGCUACUACUACUCCCUCGCGGCAGCAGCACCAGGGACGAGUGGAUCAGUUCUUCGCGGCCAGCACUUCGAAAGCUCUCGUCGCCAUCACGGAUGGAGAGAAUGGAGGGAAGGAGGCUCCAUCGCAGAAGAAGAUUGUGACUCGCAAGAACAGUUUUUUCAAGAGCAAGGACGACGAGGCUACUACUACCACGCGGACAGUUCUGACGAUCACUGAUAGAGUUUUCGAGAGCGCGGAUGCGGAUGUUGGAGGUGGCGUAGCGAAGGUCCAGAAGCAGCCAGCUCUGGUGGAGCCUCCGGCGAAGAAGCUAAAGCAAGACGAAGAACAGCAGCCAUCGCCGCCGCCUCCUCAGCAGAAAUCUUUCCCGUUUCUUUCGACAAAGGUGGCGAAGAAAAACUCCAAGGCCGCGGUUCCUCUUGCGGAGAGGAUGAGGCCGACGAGUGUGAACGACAUACUCGGGCAGGAUCAUCUUCUUGGGCCUCGAGGCAUCUUGAAGAGCCUCUUGGAGGGCGAUUCACUGGCUUCGGUGAUUUUCUGGGGUCCUCCAGGAACAGGGAAGACGACGCUUGCUCGGGCGAUUGCGUCGACGGUUUCUUACCGGUUUGUGGCGCUCUCGGCGGUGACGAGCGGGGUGAAAGAGGUCCGGGAGGUUUUAGAGGAGGCCAAGAAGGCCAAGAAGUAUGGGCAGCGAACUUUGCUCUUCCUGGACGAGGUUCACAGGUUCAACAAAGCUCAGCAAGAUGCGUUUCUUCCAUACGUGGAAGCUGGGCAUGUUGUCUUCGUGGGAGCCACGACUGAGAACCCGUCCUUCGAGAUCAAUGCGGCACUGCUUUCGAGGUGCAAAGUUCUCACAAUGAACAAGCUUCUUCCCGAGCAUCUGGAGAAACUUAUCAAGCGGGCUGUCUUGGACAAGGAGAAAGGUGUUAUAGUCUCCGCUGGCAUCAGCUCGCCAGAGAUGCUGCGCGUGGAAGACGAUGCCGUGGUUUUUCUAGCGGCGGCAGCCGAUGGAGACGCUCGGGCAGCACUCAACACUCUGGAGAUAGCCGUUCUAGCAGCGAGCUCCAGGUUCCAGAGUGGCGAAGCCGCCUUGGAGAGUGUUCUUCCAGCUGCGAAGAUGGACAACACUCCGUCGCCUUCUAGACGUGAUGCUGCUACUGGCAAUGCUGCUCCUGGCGAGUGGGAUAACAGGACUGGAACUUUGAGGAAAGAGCCCAGUGGAGUGGAAAAGAUCAUGAAGCGAGAUUCUUUCAACAUCCUGGAAGUUCUAAAGGAGAACGUCCAGCACUCGCAGCAAGAGUACACAAAGCCUUUCAAGAAAUUUGUUGGUGGGAAGAACGUGACUGCCGCUGCCGGAGUGGCAUUCGUAGCGUCAGCAGCAACAGUGAUAGAAGCUGACAAAGAGGCCGAUGGAACAAGCAUGGACAGAGAAGUGUUGGAUAGACGAGUUGCGACGCUAGAAACAGAGAUCGACAAGUCAGUGAUGGUGGUCACGCUAGCAGAUGUUAAGGACGCACUGCAACGCUCCCACGUCUUCUAUGACAAGACCGGCGAGGAGCACUACAACAUCAUCAGUGCUCUCCACAAGUCGAUGAGAGGAGGCGACGCUGAUGCUUCUAUUUACUGGCUUGCACGGAUGCUGGAAGGUGGCGAAGGCCCGCUCUACGUCGCACGAAGGCUGGUCAGAUUCGCGAGCGAGGACGUUGGCUUGGCCGAUCCACAGGCGCUACCACAGGCCAUUGCGUGCUAUCAAGCUUGCCACUUCCUGGGAAUGCCCGAGUGCAACGUCCAUCUCGCGCAGUGCGUGGUUUAUCUGGCCUUGGCUCCAAAGUCCGUGGCGGUCUACCAAGCGAUCCAAGCAGCACAGCAGUACGUGCGUGAGAAGGGCCAGAACGAGCCGGUUCCACUCCAUCUCAGGAAUGCUCCGACCAAACUCAUGAAAGAUCUUGGAUACGCGAAGGGCUACAUUUAUCCUCCGUCUCACAGUGGUCCUGUGGAGCAGGACUACAUGCCUUCGAGCUUGAGAGGACUAAAGUUCCUGCGUUGGCCUCCUACAUAGUUCGCCCAAGGUCUUUUAAGUCACCGACGCAUAGCGUGCUACGAUUCUAGUGUGCUUGCCAGUAGCAAGUAUGGAGCAGAGUUUUCGGGAUCCAGCUUGGUGAAAUGCGUUAUUGCUCGUGCUCC